AGGAGGAGAGAGAGCAGGACAUGGGCGGGAGGGGAAGUUACGACCGAGCAGCAACUCAGUGCCGUCAGUCGAGCUUAAAAAAAAGUUUUCUCCAGGCUAGCGACAUGAAUUCUCAAGGCGGCCGCGCACAGGAUUUACUCGGCAAUAGGGAGCAAAGAUCGCGGGUUAAGGAUUGAGGAGGGCACCCUCCUCCACCGGAGCUCCGCCGGUGAAGCCGAACAUGGGCCAGACCGCUGUGUCUGCCGUGUCUCACACAGCGAGUGCUUAGUCCAUUCACAACUGCUCUUGAAAAGCAUCAACCGACUUGCAACCUGAGUCGCUAGAUAAACUGUGGCUUCAUUGUACGUUGAUGGUUUGGAGAAAUCGUCAUCACCGGCCAGCUGCGACAUGGUGGCGGACAGCGGUUCCGACGGCCACAGUGUGCCCGGCUCCCGGCAGCAACGAGGCAAGCUGUCCAGUCUAGGGAGACUCUUCAAACCCUGGAAAUGGAGGAAGAAGAAGAGCAGCGACAGAUUCCAGGAUCUCUCUAAAGUUUUGGAGAGAAAAAUCUCAACAAGACAAACGAGAGAGGAGCUCAUCAAGAAAGGAGUGCUCGUCUCUGAACAAGACGAGCCCGUCUGUAGGGAAAACCAGAAUGGUCAUGCCACAUCUAGCAUGUCACCGGAGCAGGUCAAAGUUGAGAUUGAAACUAAACUGAGCCAACCUGCCGACCCGACUCCUGGUCCUGACAGCACAGAAGACAAAACAGUCUCAACCGUCCCUGUGACCCGCUCAGAGACACGCGACACUAAACCCGUCGCCCGGGCGACUCAGGCCCGGCCGCGGGAAGCCCAAGCUCGAAAGCAUCACAGCGCCGCUGCGCCCGCCUCCUCCAAGCCUGCGGGUGGCGCCGCUGGCACGGCCAGGCACAGCAGGGAUGCUUCCUCUGGCGCUAAAAAGAGCACCAAAGCAGCCGGAAAGUCGGGCUCUGUGGCGCAAGCUAAAACUAACUCGCGGAGCUCUAGCAACAGUAGUCGCGCCAUCGCUAAGUCCUCUCAUCCGAAGAAGACGCAAGGCAGUUCAGCCAAAGCCACCACGACCACCUCUUACCCCACCAUCCCCCCUCGCUCUCGUCUACCUAAGGACGCCGAAGCGCAGAGCAGAGGCGCCGACACGCGGACCGGCCGGAAAGCCGAAGCUAAUUCUCAGAAGGCUUCUGCGGAGGUUCCCAGUCAGCCGGAGGAAGUCAACUCCUCCGAGGCUCACGGGACCUCUGGUCAAGUUCCCCUCCCCGAAGUUGAGGAGGCUCCCGUCGGUUCCCAAGCCGCCCCGGAGGACAAAGCCCCGUCGGCUGAAUCUUCGGCGAGCCAAGAAAACCCCGCAGAGGCGUCCCCCGUGCCCGCCGUCCACUCCCACCACGUCAACAUUUCCACAGAGGACACUUCCUUCACAGAAGGGGAUGCCCAGGGCGAUGCCCAGCAGGAGAAAGAACUGAGGAUGGGAGGGGAGGGAGGAGAGGCACAAGAGGAAAACAGAGAACCUGCUGAGGACACACAUUGCAGCAGCCCUGUUAAUGCGGACACCAUCAAGCCGCAGGGCCUCAGCGUGAGCAUCCACCAGAUCGAGGUGACGGUGAUCCCCGAACGGCCGAGCGAGAGCCAAGCCAGCGACUCGGACUCGGACGGACCCAUUCUGUACCGCGAUGACGAGGAGGAAGAGGAGGAGGACGAAUACCUCAACAGCUCUCUGGCCAGCAAAAUCCGGCGGCGGGACACCCUCAACAUCAAACUGGGCAACCGUCCCAGCAAGAGGGAGCUGGAGGAGAAAAACAUACUUCCGCGCAGCUCCGAGACGGAGAGACACGAGCUCCGCCAGCAGAUCGGCUCCAAGCUCGUCAGGCGUUUGAGCCAAAGACCAACCACAGAGGAGCUGGAGCAACGGAACAUCCUCCGACAAAAGAACGAAGAGGAGGAGCACGAGGCCAAGCAGGAGAUUAAACGAAAACUCUCCAGAAAGCUCAGCGUGCGACCAACGGUGGCAGAGCUGAUCGCUCGGAGAAUCCUGCGUUUUAACGAGUACGUGGAAGUCACAGACGCCAAGGACUACGACCGGCGGGCCGACAAGCCCUGGACGCGACUCACACCUGCUGAUAAGGCGGCCAUCCGCAAGGAACUCAACGAGUUCAAGAGCAGGGAGAUGGAGGUGCACGAGAACAGCAAACAUUUUACCAGAUUCCACCGGCCUUAACGUGAACUGGACGUCAAGUAUCAAAAGAGGAAAAGUCCACCAGGCCAUCCUACCUGCUGCUGUUCUUCAGUCCGAGCGAGCGCUCUUCUACCCUCUUUGUACUUCCUCGCACCGUAACAACAAACGCAGGUUUGUCUUAAGGGGCCUGGGCUCUUUGUGUGGCCCACUCGUGGAACUUUCUUGCACAUACUGUACCUAUACUCGGAAAAGUGGUGGCUCGUUAAGAGUGAUUUAUUUAUUACGGCGUGCGAAGAGGACUUGCUGGAAUCAAUUUUUUGUUUUUCUUGUCACUCUGAGAGGUGUAAAAUGGAGCGUCAUUACCCGUAUGAAUGUGGCUCAAGGGAACAAUAACUUCAUCGCAAAACAUUUGAUACUGUCUGUAUGUUCCGACUGCCAACCGAUGGACCAUCAGGAGCCGUUGUCAUGUGAUGAGGCCACUAGAGGGCAUUAUGUCAUAAGCACAUUAGCCGCUUGCCCGGAUGCCAUAGAGCCAAGUACCACGAGACCUCAGUUGAGUAAAAUAAGUGCUUCAAAAAAAAUUCCCUCAAGUGCUCAAAAUGUUCUUUCAAAUCUGCACUUUUUAAGCUUUCAAAUUUGUUUCAAUCCUUUUAGUUUUAUUCACAGCUCGUCUUGGUGCCAAAAAGCUAUUACCCUUACAAAAAGCGGCACCAAAGCAGCUCGCCACCAACUAGCGUUCUUUUCCAUGACCAUUUCUAAAAACAUUUCUUAUUUCCAUCUAAUGUUUGCUCCCCCCUGAGCAGUUUGGCCUCUAUUUCUAUUUAUCGAAGCGGCGGCUCGCUCAGUUGAAAACGUAUGCCAUGCAGUUUACAUCGUUAAAAUUGCUAUUUUUGUGUCUUUUUAUAACACGCUAUUAAAUGAGAGGCUCCGGUAAGGAAGCAGACAUGGCGGCUAAGAUUUGGAUAAGAUUUGCAUAAUGCAUUAAAAAAAAAAAAAUCCCAAUUUUAUUGGCACUUUGUUGCAGUCCAAUGAAAAUAUCUUUAUUUUGUAAGUUUCUGCAUGAGCCUUCUGGCUAUCUUCUAUCAAAACACAUUACAAAUCAAAAUUAUGUCUCUACGCUAUGCUGCUUUCAUCCCUAGAAUAAAAAAUUGUCAAGUUACGAUGUGCUAUUAAAAGCGAGACGGCGGUCUGGAGGUGGACAUAGCCGCUAAAAUGAGUAUUUUUAGUAUAAGUUAAAUUGUUAUCAUUAAGUUAACUAGCUUGUUCUGUCUUUUACGCUAGGCUAAGCAUAGCUAAAACCAAAGUUAGUUUUUCAACUUCAAAUUGUGAAUUACUAAAAGUAAAGCAAAAGUAUUAAAUAGUAAAGUGGCCUUCCGACUAUUUGCGUAGACAACCAAUAUCUGCUCAAUUAUCGUGCUUUUGCGUCUACAUGGAUUCCAUGAAUAAUAUCUCACCGCUUGAACAUAUUUGGGAUGAGCAAACCUCACCCAUGUGCAAACAAAUUCUUGAAUAUCUCCAAAGCAGUCAAAUACAAAGUUUUCUGUCAUGUUCCGCUAGCGUCGUAGCGUUAUUAAACGUGAUUGACAGUCUCUUGCACAAAGGCGUGUGUGUGUGUGUUUUGUUGCUGCUUCAAUGUAUGUACACAUAAUCUAAAGUCAUGUACAGUCUAACAGUAUUCUUUCUUUACCACAUGUAUGAUGUACUGUUUAUUGAUUAUUUUGUACAGAAUGUAUAUGGAGCAUGUGCGUACACGGAAUCAAUUUUAUGCCGCAAUACAGCUAUGGUGUAAAUGUUUUAAACUA